AUGAAAAGUGUGCCGAAUCCGGUCGAUCCCGAUGGGCUGACACAUGCAAACCGACCGAGCGCUCCACAGCCCGACCUCUUCUGCUUUCCGCAUCCACAUCAGUCGACCGAUAUCGCUUCACAUCCCAGAUACAAAUGGUGGCACUCGAACACGCUACUCGUGGGAACGUUUCUUUGUCUGUAUUGAACGACGACUGCAUACGUCUCAUAGUCGACAAAUUGCGCCUCAUAGUGAUUCGUGACGACAGAUGGGAUACUGCCCACUCUCUGAAGCACUUUUCUGUGGUCGCACGCCGAUAUCGACAGCUCGCAGUCCCUAUUUUAUUCUCUCGCUGCCGUGUUUCUCUGUACCAUCCGAAGCGCCUCUUCAUCCCUGAGAACUUGUGGUCAUAUGUCCGCACAAUCACCUUCUUCGGAGAUUUUUAUCCCUACGACUUUUAUGGGAAAUACCCCGCCGAAGAAUAUCUAAUCUCCGUCAUGCCCCGACUAACCUCCUUGGAAGUAGUGCGCUUUGUCGGGAGUGAUGGAGGAGUCCCAGCAUACUUUUUUGAGGCCAUAAUUCUCGCACCGCGGCUCAGGGCGAUCCACGUAGAGGAUCACACUCAUUGGCCGGUAUCUGACCGUGCAUGGUCGAUGCGUGUUGGACAUCUCCCCGAAGACACACCCGUAGUCCCGCUCCACGUGCAGGAAUUUACAUGGACACGUCAUAUCUGGAGAGAUGUCGGCAGUUAUUACUUUCCCAAAGAAAUGGUAUUCUUCUCGUCGUUCAUCUCGCGCAUGCGACCUACGCUGCGUAGACUACAUCUUACCGCGGAAUCAUUCUGUCAUCGGGAGCUUUGUUCAUACCCGUGGCCUUCUCUUGUCGAACUCUCGAUCACUGGACAACAUCCUCUGCAAUCCACUAUCGGUCUAGAUUUCUCACCACUUUUUAACAAUAUCCCCUCCCUUCAAACUUUCAGUCUCAGUACGCCCCAGUCUGCAGAUUCGUCGCGAAUCUUUCUUCUACAACCCACCAACACCAGUUCACAUAUUGGCCUGACCUCGCUCCAGAGUGUCAGUAUAUCCUUCCCCGACCCGGAUGACGCCAUCUUUGGCUUCCUUUCUCGGUCACUGCGCCAUUUGUCUCUGACCGACUGGCCACGUCAUUAUCUUCGAGUUGACGAGAACGAUUGUGUACUUCGUCGAGGAUGGACUUCUCCCAUAUUAACGUCGAGAGAGCUCCUUAAUAUAGUCCGCCGUUGUCACCUUCCCGAGUUGGAAAGUCUCGAGGUUGUGUACCAGGCGGACCCCAGCGACACAGUUGAUGUCUUACUUCACAUCGCUCAGGCGUUUUCUGCUCUACACACGCUCAAACUUUUCCGGUAUCGGUCGUCUAGCAGUGACCCUGUUCAUGAGGUCAGUCUCCUAGAUCCUCUCAUUGUAUCUCUGCUCACGUACUUUUCG